AUGGCUCCAGGAGGUGGAUUUGGAUCCGAAGGCGCUUCGUGGAAGGACCGGAAUCGAGAACGAGCGAUUUAUGGCAUUUUUUCAGCUUUUGAUUCCGAUGAUUCUGAUGAAGGAAAUGGCAGAUAUUUCGAUAAAAGUCGAGGUAGCAAUGCUAGGCGUCGUCGCACGAAAUUUGAUGAUGAUGCUCCAGCGUCAGCUACCUCUACACGUUUCGUCAAGGGUGGCGUACUAAAUCCAGACAAGGAAAAGUCGUCUGAAGACGCCACCUCUCAUCGUAGUACGAUGCACAUAUUAGAAUUUGAGGAUGAAGACGAUAUUAUCUAUAUGGAUGUCGACGAGAAGGAGGAUUUAGACCUCAUCGAUCGCUUAUUAUCAGAUAAUCAUGUCAAAUACGUUAAAGAAUAUGACAAUGAUUCUGGAAGAGGCACCGCAUCUUCUUUUCACAAAUUAGGUGGACCGAUGAAGCAAGAUACUGGUUUCCAAAAAAAUCUACAACACAGGGAUAAACCUAAAAAAGGUCUAUCGUACAACCCUGAUACCGGUCUUUUACCACAACAGAUGAAUAAGAUGUAUGGUAAGGGUUUGAAGAUGUUACAGAAGAUGGGAUACAGUGGAGGUGGUCUUGGUCGUGACGGUACGGGUUUAGUAGCACCAAUAGAGAUGAAAGCCAGAGCUCACCAGCGUGGUCUUCAGUAUGAGGGAGACUUCAGCGCAACAAAUCGACAUAUGGUACAUAAGGAGCCUGUUCGUAUGACUGGCAUGUUGGUAUCAUACUCCGAUGAUUGGAGAAAGAAGUCAAGGAGCCAGCCUAGUGACAGUGGACCGUCGAGGUCCGAGCAUGCACCUGGGUUCGAUAUUUUAAUCCAUGAACUAACCGAAAAGGUGCAAUGUUUGGAAAAAAUGCAACUUAGUAACAUGGAUGAGGUCAACCUGGCGGAAAGUAAUGUGAAAAAAUUGCAAUGUGAUAUAGCGAACAUGGAAAAAAACUUGUCUGAUAAUUUGGCAUUAAUAGAGCAGUGUGAAAAGGAGAUAGUUAAGAUUGUAAAUGCGUGCGAGAUGUUGGAUAGAAAGCUAGAUGUUUUAGGAAAUUCUAAGGACGAUAAGGCUUACACUUGUGCACUGCGGGAACUUUAUGAUUCCCUACCAGCAUACGACAGUGGUUCAGCAAACUAUUCGGUGUUGGCGGUUCAUGAAAUUGUGGACCGUUACGCUUUACGUUGUGUCUGGAAGCUGCACUCUGACUGGGAUAUAUCAAGAGAUUACCGUCUUGGGGCUGACAUAAUACUAAAAAGCUACGCUAUGAUUGGGAGUAAUGCACUAUCCAGUGGUAUAUAUUCUCACAUCAAACAGAACAUAAUGGGUGUUCUCGUUGAUUACUUUAAGAAUAAAUGGAAUGUCGUGGAUACAGAUCAGGGUCUACAGUGCUUCGAAGUGUGGAACAACAUCAUGACAUUGGUUGAUCAACCUGCUGGGACGCUUAGCAACGAGCUUCAAUCCGCAGUUAUUACAAGGAUGUUGGAAUUGAUUUCCACCCCGAGCAGACUGCAUUUGUCCCACAUCGUCGUGCAUCCAUGGCUGUCUAAAUUUGAUAUUUCGAAGAUCUGUGAUCUGAUAUCCUCGUUCAUGCAAGCUGCCAAGGAGAUGAUAUCAAUCGACUGUCUCAAUGACUCAAAAAAGUGUGAAAAAGUUUUAAACGCUUGGAGUGAUUUACUAGAACGCGAUAACAUGGACCUUUUAAAAUCACACCUUUCUACGUGCCUAACCGUCGCGCUAAAGGAUGUUAGCAUAAACCCUAGAAACCAAGAUACUGAUGUGAUAGAGAAGGUGUUAUUAUGGCACGAAUUUUUGGGUAACGAUCGAAUGUCAGAUGUUCUGUGUAAAGAGUUCAUGCCACGAUGGGUCAUGGUCCUUCGUAACUGGCUCGCGUUUCCGUCUGUUAAUUUCGAUGAGGUGAUUGUCUGGUACACGGGUUGGAAAUCGUUAUUUCCAUCAACUAUGUUGAAGGGAACUGGAUUGGAAAAAUCUUUUAAAGAGGCAUUACGUAUAAUGGACCAGGCGUCACGUGAAGUUCUGAACACCCCUUCAUCUGAGGAUACCCAUGCAAAAACAGCGGGUAGUCCGCCUGUUACCGACUCUUUGAAACACCGCGUUGAGGAGCUCGGCGCAGAGCAUGGAUUGACAUUAAUAAAACGUGGUGCAAUUCAACGCGAUGGGAAGCAGCUCUAUGCAUUCGGUUCUGCAACCAUAUUCUUCGAAGAUGACUGCGUCAUGUUAUUGAAGAAUGGAGUAUCUACAUCUAUCUCGCUGGAUGAUUUGAUCAAGACAGCAAUGUGA